AUGGCCUCGAGACCUGCCGGUUUCCCUUUGCUGCAGCUCGCUAUUCUAGUUAUCCUCACCUCGGUCAUUCCAUAUAUGCCUGAUAUGGUAGAGUAUGUUGGCGUCCCAAAGUCUGACGUGCCGAAAUGGGUUGGUAUCACGGCUACUGUGACUGCCACCUGUGCGGGCUCGGUAGGCGUAAUAUGGGGUAUUAUUUCAGACUAUACAAGUCGAAAAUAUGUGAUACUAUUUGAGUUGUUACUCAUGGUAGCUUUCGCAUUGCUGUUCGGGUUCUCCCAAAGCUUAGCUCAGUUGGUAUCGUCCCGAGCGCUCUUGGGUCUCGUCAACGGUAAUAUCGGAAUUUUGCGCACAAUGGUGGCUGAAAUGGUCACUGAAAAGCAACAUCAGCCGCGCGCCUUCAGCGUGCUGCCGAUUGCAUGGACGAUUGGUUCUGGCGUUGGCCCUGUCUUGGGUGGUGCUUUAGUCCAUCCUGCACAGCAUUACCCGAAAAUUUUUGGUGAUGCACAAUUAUUUAUAAAGUAUCCCUUUGUAUUGCCUAACAUGGUUGCUACCUGCUGUGUGGCUGUUGCCAUUCUGAUUGCGUUUUUGUUUCUACAGGAAACACAAAGCGGUCGGGAAAACAAGUGUGACUAUGGACUGACGCUUGGUCGGAUGCUUUGGCCAUCGUGGACCUCCCAUAAAGGCGAUAGUAGAGAUGUUCAUAGUGACGACGAUGAAAGAGCGCCGCUACUUGAUGCUAACAGGGAGCAAACAGCUGAAGAUUCAGAGCAGAGGCGUGCUGGCAAGCCUUGUUGGAAAGAUGUUUUCUCCAUACGGCCUAGCUUGAUCUUACUGACAUACGGCGGGAUGGGUAUGCACACAAUGGCAUUCGACUCGCUGCUCCCGGUUCUUUUGCACUAUCCCGUGCAGCAACUUCACGGAAACCCAGAUGUACAGCUGCCAUUCAAAUUCAACAGCGGGUUCGGCCUUGAUGCCAAUAAAAUCGGUCCUUUCUACAUUAUACUCGCCGUAUCCGGCGUGGUAUUUCAAGCUGUAGUGUUCCCCUGGGUUGCACAACGAAUUGGAGUUCUUCGGUGUCUGAGGCUGUCUUCAAUUUUGUUUCCUAUAUUAUAUCUCACACUCCCAUUCAUACCCCUUAUACCGCCGCCACUCUGCAACCUUGGGGUCGGUAUGCUUUUGGUGUUCAAGCAAGCUUUGUCCACCUGUGUCUUUCCAUGCUGCACUAUUCUACUCAGCCACGCAGCGGCCAACCUUGGUAUAUUAGGGACAUUAAAUGGGAUGGGAACCAGUAUUAGCGCCUUUGGUCGUGCGAUUGGUCCUGUCAUCAUUGGAUCUGCAUUCUCAUUUGGCGUGAAGCGAGGAUACAUGAUCAUCCCAUGGUGGACACUGGCUGGGUCUGCGCUGUUGACCUCACUCCCAUUGCUAUGGAUUACCGAUUCGAAUGAAGAAGAUCAGCAAGCCGACGACCAUAGCGAAUGA